GCCAGCCGAUAAGGCAAAGUUUGUGGAAGCGAGUUAUUUAUUUGUUUAUCAAUUAUUAAUCGAGCCCAUCACCCCGCGUUUAUUUGCGUCCGCAUUAAUUACUGCGAGGAUAAAGCCAGCUGCGUGGCCACGCCGAUCCUACCUUUCUGCUUUCACCACUUGCUGAUGCGACCCAGAUUCUCUGAAGUGCUGAAGCAAAGUCAGCUAAGCUGUAGCGGUGACUUUCGGUGCAUUUCCGGCCGUCCGUUUUUAGAUGGAUGGAUGAUAUCUAUAGCUACAGUAUCCGCUGAUGAGUUACCUACUGGCUGAAAUAUAUUCUUUAGUAUGUGUCGUUGGAUUAAUUUAUUUAUAAAUACUCUGUUUGACGUUGUAUUUUCUUUUCAGGAUUUCCUUUCAAAAAAAUUUCUUUUCAAUAAAAAGAGCACGCUCACGCUCAGAUACAUGCAUAAUCUUUGUGAAUACAUACGUAUAUGUUUAUUAUUCGUUGUUAAAAUACGUACAAAAGAUCGUCCGGUUCAACUUGAGGUAGCGAUCACGAGCCGUACGUCAGUAUUAUUACUAGUUCUUAGAGAUUCAAAAUUCGUAUAAAUCCACUGCAAAUUUUGGGGGCUUUACCUUCUGCGGACUGCGGUAGCCGGUAGUGUUUACAAUUGUGAUGAAAUACCUCGUGGACUUGGCCCACCUGGUCCGACCGGUGUGUGGGCCCGCAGCAGUCCUCUGGUACCAGGCCAGAGUAGUGGACUCGGUGCUCCACCUCCGUCCAUGUCCUCAUGUCCUCCUCCUGCUCUGUCUGUCUGGGUCCACCAAUUAUUGGCAGCAUCGAGGUCGAUGACCCGGCUGCCCCAGGCCAUGGGUCCCCACUCAUCACCCCCACCUGCUCGCUGUGGUGGCCAUCAAGUUCGAGUUGAUUUUGAGGUUGAGCCGCCCAUCUGCUCAGCAACAGUGAUGAUCACUUCUUCUUCCUAACGAAGUCAAGGGCGCUUUAGUUCUCGGCCCACCUUGUUUCAUCUCUCCUGAUUCAGUAUACUUCUGCACAUGUUCUCAAUUCGAUGAACAUGCAACCAUAUCCCUGUAGAAAACCAUGAUUCAGUGUAUCUAUCUGGGCACGGGCCUUUUAUUCAUGCUAGAAUUACUAAAUUUGGCUUGCAAACGCCCACAGCUAAGAUUGCAUGUGUUGCUGUCUGCUACUACUUCUACAUCCACGGUUUCCAGUGUGGGUUAACAGCGCCAGUUGCUCUUCCCUCAUCCUAUUUUUAGUUUCCUCCGGAAACAAAAGAGCACGGCAGAUGAAACUGCACCGGAAUCCACAUUCGCGUCUGGUUCUUGUUGCUGCUAGCAAGACCAAGAUUUACAUGGUGCUCGAGUUUGUCAACGGCGGCGAACUGUUCGACAGGAUUGCCAUCAAGGGAAAACUCUCGGAGGAAGAAGGAAGGAGGCUAUUUCAGCAGCUGAUCGAUGGUGUCAGCUACUGCCACGAAAAGGGCGUCUAUCAUAGAGACCUCAAGCCUGAGAACGUUCUUGUUGACCGGAAGGGAAACAUCAAGAUCUCUGAUUUUGGCCUCAGUGCUUUACCACAACAUAUCGGGAAUGAUGGGUUGCUGCAUACGACCUGUGGUAGCCCCAAUUACAUUGCUCCUGAGGUUCUGCAGAACAGAGGAUACGAUGGAUCCUUGUCAGAUAUCUGGUCUUGUGGAGUCAUUCUUUAUAUGAUGCUCGUAGGAUACCUUCCAUUUGAUGACCGGAAUAUCGUUGUUCUUUAUCAGAAGAUUUUCAAGGGUGACACUCAGAUCCCAAAGUGCCUUUCUCCUGGUGCACAAAAUCUUCUCCAGAGAAUUCUUGAGCCCAACCCGAUGAAGCGGAUCACAAUGGCUGAGAUCAAGGCACAUGAAUGGUUCCAGAAGGAUUAUGUUCCUGCAGUUCCAUUCGACAACGAUGAUGAAGAUUCACAGCUUGACCUGGUUCUUCCAGUCAAGGAGAAGGAAAUUAAUCCAUCACCUGGGGAUAAGACUACUCAUCAGAUCAAUGCUUUUCAGUUGAUUGGAAUGGCAUCAUCCCUUGACCUUUCAGGGUUUUUUGAGGAAGAGGACGUAUCCCAGAGGAAGAUCAGAUUCACAACAACACAUCCACCCAAGGAUUUGUUUGACAAGAUUGAACGUUCUGCAAGCGAAAUGGGCUUCCAAGUACAUAGGGGGCACGGCAAGCUCAAAGUGACGCAAAACUACACUGGAACAAAGAAUUGUAAAAACCCUGCUUCAUUUCUUGUCUGCACCGAGGUGUUUGAGCUUGGCCCCUCUUUGUACGUCGUAGAGCUCAAGAAGUCCCAUGGAGACCCUGCAUUGUACAGACAGCUCUGCGAGAAGAUCUGCAGUGACCUGGGCGUGCUGAUGGCGCAGAUCUUCGGGACACGGCCGGUUGUCGAUGAUCUUGCGAGCUUGGACAGUCGAUCCGGGACGCCUUUGGUGGCGUUGUGACGAAGUAUGCCCGCUGCCGUGAUGUAGCGUGAGAUCUAGGGAAGACGAAGCAGUUCAGCUGCAAUGCAGCUAGGAACGAGUGUACUGUAGAUAGGAUCAAAAUUCGCCUGAAAAUAUAGAUGUCAAAAUAGUGCAGGAUCAUCAUAAUGUGUAAAAGAAGCAGCAGCCACUGACGUCAAACCGAAUGUCAAAUCUAAUAAAUGGAUUGUAUUCGGUGGCAUACAUCAAUCUUUAGUCAUCA